AUGAAGAUGAUACAGAUCAGUAAACUCCCCUUUGAGAUACAAAAUGCCAUUUUUGAGCUUGGAACAUCAAUGCUCCUCUAUGCAAUUAAUAUGAACGAACGCGACGCCGAAGCUUGCUGCUAUCAAGACAGACGGUCUUUCGGGCAUCCCCAAGACAAGUUCCUAUCUAGCGACGAGGUUGUGACGGAGAUCGCAAAUUCAUGUCCUCUAGCAUACACUUGCCGCCGUUCUCGCGCGGCUGUGUACAAGACGCUGCAUCGUUUGAUGCAGGCAUCGUUCGAGAGUAGCAAUCGCGCUCCCAACGCCGGAAUCUCAAUACUCAAGUACAUCCAAGUCACUGUCAGAAUUGGCAAUCUGGUGGCAAAAGAGGCCAUGAAGCGCGAAUCAGAAAGCCCUUCGGAGAAACAAUGCCGGAAUCCGGAGGGGAAACAUGGCGGCGACGCCAUGUAUUGCAAUUGCCCCAGGUGCGAAGGGAGCAUUGAGACAGGGCUAGACAGGAUUGUGGGACUUCGCAGUAGAUGGCUUUACGACAACCCACUGAUUACAGUCACUGUCGUGCGGAGUCGGUGUGCUGAGAUUCCCCAUUAUCUCAUGGAGUACGUGAACCGUAUUGAUACUGAAUGGUGGUUCAAUAGGCACAAGAACGCAUGCGUAGCUUCGGAUGUCCUGCGGACGAGCUUCGGUAUGAUGUUUCAUCAGGCGCGUCACCUCACGAUCACUCCAUGCAUGCCUCUUAUGUCGGCUGCACAGCCCGGCAACAAACUAGAUAUUGUGAAGGGGAGAUAUUGGCUCCGAAAUUCAUGGACCGAUCCCGAAGAGAUUGCAAUGGCGAGAUUAAGACAGUGGAAGACAUAUGACGGCAUAGUACAAGAGCUGUGUGAGGACGAAAUCGUGUGGGUGCGUUUUGCAAGAUUCUUUUAUUCUUAUCACUUGGAAAUGUACGUGACGGAGUCCUUUCCGCUUCCAAUAUUCGAGAUUGUAACUACGGAGAAACAGGCUGGAUAG